AUGGAUUUGUACGACGAGUUCGGCAACUACAUCGGCCCGGAAGACGACCUCGAGUCGGACUACUCGGACGACGAGGCGGGCGAGCAGCGGCAGCAGGAUGGUGCGGCGUCGCCUACUCCUGCGCCGCUGAGGGCGUACGAUGAGGACGAGGUGGAGCCGCUUGAGGGCAUGGAGGUCGAUGACGUCCCGUCAUCAAACGCGAUCGUCCUGCACGAGGACAAGACGUACUAUGCGUCCGCCUCGGCGACGUACGGCCCUGGAGUCGAGACGAUGGUGCAGGAGGAGGACGCGCAGCCGCUCUCGGUCCCGAUCAUCGAGCCUGUCAAGACGCGCAAGUUCCGUCUCGGCGCAACGACCGGGCCAGAGCGGCGGUGGGAUGACCAGUUCAUGAUGGGCCUCGCCUCGAACCCGGAGACGGUCCGCAACGUUGCGAUUGUCGGCCACUUGCAUCACGGCAAGACGUCGCUCGUCGACAUGCUCGUCGCCGAGACGCACAAGAUCGACAUCGACACUGACAAGCAGCUCCGCUUCACCGAUACCCACUCCCUCUCCCAGUCCCGCAAGAUCUCGAUCAAGUCUUCUCCCAUGUCGCUCGUCCUGUCCAACACCAAGGGCAAGUCGUACCUCGUCAACUUGGUCGACACGCCCGGCCACUCGAACUUUGUCGACGAGAUCGCCUCGGCCGUCCGCGUUGCCGACGGUGCUGUCGUCGUUGUCGACGCUGUCGAGGGUGUCAUGCUCACGACGACGCAGACGAUCCAGCAUCUCGUCAAGAACCGCAUCCCGAUCGUCCUCGUCGUCAACAAGGUCGACCGCCUCAUCCUCGAGCUCCGGCUACCGCCUGGCGACGCCUACUUCAAGCUGAAGCAGACGAUCGAGGAGGUCAACACGGUCAUCUCGGAGCUCGACCCCGACCCUGCGCUCCGCGUCUCGCCCGAGCGCGGCAACGUCGCGUUCGCGUCGACCCAGAUGGGCUGGUGCUUCACGCUCAAGUCGUUCGCAAAGAUGUACGCCGACACGUACGGCCCCAUGGACCUCGACCAGUUCGCCGUCCGCCUCUGGGGCAACAUCUACUACCACCCCGAGACGCGCAAGUUCUCGCGGCAGUCGGCGCCCGGAGCGAAGCGCGGCUUUGAGCACUUCAUCAUGGAGCCGCUGUACAAGUUGUACUCGCAGGUCAUCGGCGAGGACACCGACAGCCUGCGCAAGACGCUCCACCAGCUCGGCAUCCACUUCAAGCCGUCCGUCUACAAGAUGGACGUCCGCCCGCUUCUCCGCCUCGUCCUCGCCCACUUCUUCGGCCCGCCUACCGGCUUCGUCGACAUGAUCGUCCAGCACGUGCCGAACCCUCAGCAGGGCGCGCGCGUCAAGGUCGAGUCGACCUACACCGGCGCGCUCGACUCGCCUCUUGGUCAAGCGCUCCUCAACUGCGACCCCGAGGGACCGCUUGCGAUCCAGAUCGUCAAGCUGUACCCGACGCCGGAUGCAAGCGAGUUCCGCGCUUUUGGACGCGUGUUGAGCGGAACGGCGCAGGUCGGGCAGGAGGUCAAGGUCCUCGGCGAGGGGUACUCGCCCGAGGACGAGGAGGACAUGGUCGUGCAGCAGAUCGGAGGCAUUUACGUCGGCGAGGCGCGGUACGACAUCGAGACGGACGCGAUGCCGGCAGGCAACUUUGUCCAGCUCUCGGGCGUCGACAACUCGAUCUCAAAGACGGCGACGCUCAUCGCCGCCGACUACGACGCUUCCGAGCUCCGCAUCUUCCGCCCCAUCGCCCACUUCACCCAGUCCGUCCUCAAAGUCUCGGUCGAGCCGCUGAUGCCGUCCGAGCUGCCCAAGAUGCUCGACGGUUUACGCAAGGUCAACAAGACGUACCCGCUGAUCGAGACGCGCGUCGAAGAGUCGGGCGAGCACGUCCUCCUCGGAACAGGCGAGCUCUACCUCGACUGCGCCAUGCACGACCUCCGCGUCAUGUUUGCCGAGAUCGAGAUCAAGAUCUCUGACCCGGUCGUGCGGUUCUGCGAGACGGUCGUCGAGACGAGUGCACUCAAGUGCUACGCCGACACGCCCAACAAGAAGAACAAGAUCACGAUGAUUGCCGAGCCGCUUGAGCGAGGGAUUGCUGAAGACAUCGAGACUGGCAAGAUCUCGAUCCGCCUGCCGCCUAAACAGCUCGGCCAGCACUUCCAGAACAAGUACGGCUGGGACUUGCUCGCGUCGCGCUCGAUCUGGGCGUUCGGGCCGGACGACCAGGGACCUAACCUGCUCAUGGACGACACGCUGCCGUCCGACGUUGACAAGAAGCUGCUGUACACGGUCAAGGAAUCGAUCAAGCAGGGCUUCCAGUGGGGUUGCCGAGAAGGACCGCUGUGCGACGAGCCGAUCCGGAAUGUCAAGUUCCGGCUGUUGGGUGCGGACUUGGCGCACGAGCCGAUCUACCGAGGAGGAGGCCAGAUCAUCCCGACGGCGCGGCGAGUGUGCUACUCGAGUUUCCUGAUGGCGACGCCGCGGUUGCAAGAGCCCGUCUACUUCGUCGAGAUCCAGGCGCCUCAAGAUUGCGUGCCGGCGAUCUACGAGAUCCUCGCCCGCCGACGAGGGCAUGUCACGAAGGACAUCCCCAAACCCGGCUCGCCGCUGUUCACGGUCCAGGCGUACAUUCCCGUCGUCGACGCAAACGGUUUCGAGACGGACUUGCGGACACACACGCUCGGCCAGGCGUUCUGCGUCCAGACCUUUGACCACUGGUCGAUCUGCCCAGGCGACCCUCUCGACAAGACGAUCCAGCUGCGACCGCUCGAACCCGCACCUGCGCAAGCACUGGCGCGCGACUUUGUGCUCAAGACGCGGAGGCGGAAAGGUCUGAACGACCAGGUCAACGUCGCAAAGUUCCUCGAGGCGGAAAUGGUGACGCUGCUCGCAUCGACCGAGCACCUCGACUUGCUGUGA